AUGGAAUUCCAAACCCAGAUUUCAAAUAAAAUCAUAUUCGAAUUUGAUUUUCAAAAUUCCAAACCCAGAUUUCAAAUAACAUCAGAUUCGAACCUAAUUUUCAAAAAUUCAAACCCAGCAAAUAAAGAUCCCACAAGAUCUGAUCUUGCUGGCCUGCUGCCCCAUGUUUCAAUGGACGAUACUAUACUUAACUUCAAUGGAAGUGGAAGUGGCCGGCAGCAGCGGAAAUCAUCAGAUGACAACGAUAAGAAGAUGGCGCAUCGGGAGAUGGAGCGCAAAAGAAGGAAAGAUAUGGCUAAGCUACAUGCCUCUCUCAGAUCCCUUCUCCCUCUUGAGUUCAUCAAGGGUAACCUUCCUGGGUUAGAAAGAUAAAUAUGGCUGCAGUAGACUUAUAUUUUUAUGGGGUUUCAGGGAAAGCGAUCAAUGUCAGAUCACAUGAACGAGGCUGUGAAUUAUAUCGACCACCUACAGAAGAAGAUCAAGGAAUUGGGUGGAAAGAGGGAUGAGCUAAAGAAGGAUAAUUCGAUUGCUCUUGAACGUGAGAGUGGUGGAACAUCUAGCCAUCAUGUCUGCCCGACAACGUAUGUUAUGGUCCGACCAUGCUCCGGGGGUGUUGAGAUUAUGGUUAAUAGUUGCUUCACAGAGGAAGGAUUGGCUAUAUCAAGAGUUCUCCAAGAAUUACUAGAGGAAGGGCUUGUUGUUGAUAGCUGUGUUUGUACAAAAGUGAAUGAAAGGUUAAUCUACACGGUCCAAUCUCAGGUAAGUGACAUGACAAGUGUAGAUCUACAUGGGCUGCAACAAAAGCUCAUGGAAGCCAUUCCAUUGUCGAAGAAAAUUCCCAGCUAA